AGCUCUCUCACGUGACUCUUCCAACAGCGAUUCCUCCAGAGUAGCUCGCUCGCGUCGUGGCUUGCGCUGAAAGAUGGCCGCGGUGGAGCAGCGCCCGCCCGUGCGGGAGGGAAUGCGGAUCGCGGUGCUGUGCCUGUUCUGGUACACCGUCAGCUCGGGUGGCAACGUGAUUAAUAAAAUCAUCCUCAACGGCUUCCCCUAUCCGGUCACGGUCUCUCUUUUCCAUAUCCUUUCUAUCAUCGUGUUUCUCCCGCCGCUGCUACGAGCCUGGGGCGUCCCGCGAGUGGAGGUACCGGCCCGCUACUACCGCUGGUACAUUCUGCCGCUCGCCUUCGGGAAAUACUUCGCCUCCGUCUCGGCCCAUUUCAGCAUAUGGAAGGUUCCGGUGUCGUACGCGCACACCGUGAAGGCCACCAUGCCCAUCUGGGUGGUUCUGCUGUCACGGAUUAUCAUGAAAGAGAAGCAAACCACAAAGGUUUAUGUGUCUCUGAUCCCCAUCAUUGGAGGUGUCCUGUUGGCCACUGUCACUGAAUUGUCCUUUGACGUCUCUGGAUUGAUCAGCGCUCUGGCAGCGACGCUCUGCUUCUCUUUACAGAACAUAUUCUCCAAAAAGGUCUUGCGUGACACAAGGAUUCACCACCUCCAUUUACUGAACAUCCUGGGCUUCAAUGCACUUUUGUAUAUGCUGCCUACAUGGAUUUUAGUGGACCUCUCCUCCUUCCUGAUGGAUGGAGACCUGAUGGAGGUUUCCAACUGGACGGGAACAAUUGUGCUGCUCCUCAUCAGUGGUGUCUGCAACUUUGCACAAAACAUGAUUGCUUUCAGCGUGCUGAACCUGGUCAGCCCACUCAGUUACGCAGUAGCCAACGCAACAAAGAGGAUCAUGGUCAUCAGCAUAUCCCUACUGAUGCUCAGGAACCCCGUCAGCACCACUAACAUCAUUGGCAUGAUGACAGCAAUACUAGGUGUCUUCCUCUAUAAUAAGGCGAAGUAUGACUCCAACCGGGAGGCCAAAAAGACACCGCUGCCAGUUUCAACACAGGAUAUGGUGUCAUUCGACAAGCCCCAGUCCAACGGCACCGGGCCCUUCACACACAGCUCAGACUUUCAGUACGGUCGGAGCACAGUACUCACCGACCACUUUCAGUACAGCCGACAGGCCUACACAACGAAUUACAGCUCCAAUCAGUAUGUUGUGUGAGUGGAGCACUUCGGAGGACUCUAUAGACUGUUCCCAGACUCCCGUGCUUCAGAGGAUGCAUCUUUCAUACGAACAAGGAAGUGUCGAAUUGACUGGAAAAGGAAUGUUUACUCACAGAAUCCUACUGCUUUUUCUUUUUUCUUUUUUUUUUUUCCCCCACAGGCCUGUUAUUUAUUUCAUUACAAACCUUAUGUUGUGUUUUCACAUUUAUUUUAUGAGGAAAUUCUCGGUGGUAUGUGUAGGCUAUAGGAAGGUGCUGGGAACUUUUUUGAUUAUUUUUGCACAGCAUGCAUUUUAAUGCAUUUCAGAAUGUAGCGUCUUCAUCGCCAUCAUGCUACUGCGAGUGAGGGACAGACAGACAAGCAGUCAUAUAACAUACACUGGGUCACUGCAUAUACAACUGCAUCAGGGUAUUAGUCAAUGUUCUUAUUUUGCUUUUUAUUUGUAAAUAUUUUAUUUAUUUUUAUAGAGGAAGGUGCAUUGGUUGACCAUAUCAUGGACUGAAAACACCCCUUUGAAUUUUUGAAUGUUUUCUGAGAGAAUCACUUUUUUCCCUCCUGAGGUGUUUAAAUCAGACAGAGGUCACUGUACAAGAUCACUUGAAUCAUGGUAUACAUUCAUAUGCAUGAUUAUUAUUAUUUUAUGUAUCUUUACUUUUUGUACUGAAGGGGACUUGUCAGAUACAAUGGCCAUAACUUAUAGGUCAGUUUAAUUAAUAUUGGAUGAGAAGGUUCGUAGAACACUUUAUUUAUUUUUUCUUUUUUUCUUUCUGGAAGUUGACAUUCUUUACAGUUAAAUUUGUUUAAAUUCCUCAAACUGCAGUCUAAUAAAAAGUCUGAGGACAGUGUUUAACUCCAAUAUUCCUUUCGAUCAUGACAGCUGGAGGACUUUCAAGCCCUGUAAAACCUCAAUCUGUGGACAAACUUUUAUGGUAAAUUUGGUAAAAAUGUGUUAAACAAAGGUGAAGUACUCUCAGCUCUAUUAGUAGCUGAAAGCAUUAAUAAACUAGCCAGAAUAUUUCAUGAAAAGGUGGGUUAUUUCAUAACUUUUUGAUUUGGAGACUUCUUAUGGGCCUGCUUUUUGGUUAUAACUGAACCAUUAUCGUCUUUGUUCCUAAAGUUAUACCAGUUUUAGCUAAAUGUGUGAGGUGGUAUUUUAGUUUAAUAUUUGUAAGCUAGAUGUUUUUUCUCUCUCUCUUCCUCCAUUUCUAUGUCGUGUCUUGCUGCUGGAAAGUUAGACACAUUUUUGGCAAAAAGCAUGCACAUUCUUGCAUAACUGCAAAGAGAAAAGAACUUGGAGAGUUCUUUUUAAAAUAUAUAUAUUUUAAGUGUUAUGGAUUUUAAAAGGCAUCAUGACUUUUUUUGUCGUGACUUUUGAAAGACAAGGUUCACGUGACAUUCUGUCUUUAUGUCUCUUUAUAUAUUGUGAAUUUAGAGGAUCAGUUCAGGCAGAUGAAGUGGUUCAUUAAUUGAUACUGUAACUUCAGCUGCCAAAAAAAUGAAAGGCUGUGGCUGUGGUCUCUUCCCUCUGUCUGUUUUUUUUUAUUGAUUCACACCUUUUGCUCUUUCAUUGUGAAAUCACUAGAGGUGUGCAAAUUUCUUCUCAGUGCCGAUUUUCUUUUCGUUUCCCCAAUUCUUAGAGUUUUUAGGUGAUUGGUUGUAAAUGUACAAGAAAUACUGGGGCUGACACAACAUAGUUCUUAAGAUGUGAGUUAGCACUGGAUUCUCAAUGUCUCAAACUGAGUCUUGGAAAACAUAACUUUUUGAUUUUUGUGUUGUAUUACACAGUAAAUAAUUGUAAACUGAGCCUAAACCUUGGAAAUAUUCAGCUCAACAGAACCAAUAUUACAGUGUCUUUACUUUCCCAUUCAGAAUAUAAUGCACUACUGUAGUAUUUGAUGCGUUUUCAGUCCGCUUCAGAAUAUUUAAGCUCUUAGACCUUUUUCCCUGGGAGACUCAUAUGUGUCUCUAUAAUCUGACAGUCAUGUUGAGUCCAGUUUAGUUUCGGUUUGUUUUUUCUAUGGUGUGGAAAUGCAUUGUCACACUUUCCGUGUUAAGAUAGUUUCACCUUCAGCCAGUGUUUUAUAUGAUUUGAUUUUAAGAUGCCUUGGUACAGUUAAUGUUGCAUUUUUUUUUUUCUUGUCAACUUAAAGGUUAUAAGAUGACUUAUUUUUAAAUGUGAAAAUAAAAAAAGAUGAAUUGAUAAA